AAGAUAUCUGUCAUCCAAAAGAUAACCCUAGGAAUACAAGUAACUACAAAAGCCUAGAUAGUAAAGAGGAUAAAAACUAUUUAUUAAAAAUAGAAUAUGAAGAAUUGUAUAGUUAUUCAACUUAUCAAGAAAUGAAUAAUAUAAAUACUAUAAAAACAAAACCUGCAAAUAGUCGAUUUUCUAAACUGCAGAAGAAACCAAAUAAGAAAGCACUUGAGGCCCAGUGUACUGUUUGGAUAGAAAAAGUCAAACAACUCUGA